AUGCCACUCCCAAUUCUCGACCACUUCGCCAUCCUGGUCUCCUACCAAACCCUCCAAACCGUAACCCAAUCCCUCAAAGCUUCCCUCCUCGUAAUCGACGGAGGCGCCCACGCAGAUGGCCUAACAGUCAACAAACUAAUCCAUCUCGCCGACGGCACAUAUCUCGAGUUCAUCGCCUUCGUCGAAGGCGUAGACCCCGAGAAGCGCCGUGCUCACCGUUGGGGAAACCUCGAAGAGGGCAAGAUCGCAGAUUGGGCUCACACUCUACCCAGUGAAGCUGAUUACGCUCAGUUGCAGAAACGCGUGGCUGAUGCUGGGAAUGGCGUUACGUACGGUGAUCUUACUUCGCUGCAGAGACAUAGGCCUGAUGGGGUUUUGAUGAAGUGUCUUGUUUCGGUGGCACUGAAUGCGGAGGGCGGGAGGAUAUUUCCUGGGACGGUGCCGUUUUGGUGUGUUGAUGAGACGGAGAGGCAUUUGCGCUCGCCGUUCAAGGCCGACAAUGGUGAUGGGCUGCAUGAGUAUACGAAGCAUCCUUCGCAUGCUAAGGGUGUGUCAAAAGUCACUGUUCUACUUCCUGAGAAGGACAUUGCGACAUACAAGCCUGUUUACGAUGCGAUUCACAACCAGAAUGCUACCUCUGGAUCAGAUGGAUACUCAUGGCCUUACGAUCUUCCCGCUGGACCUAACUCAGGAAGCAACCAGGUCGUUCUAUCGAAACUCGAAGGUGGAAAUGGCAAAGCAGAGGUCAAGUUGACACUCCUGGGCACAAAGGAGAGCCCCAAGUUCAUUGAGCUACUUCCCGGCUUAGUCGUUGACUUUGAACACACAGAUUAG